CAGACAGAGAUCUGCCAGCAGGGAUUGGAUACAAUGCUGCUCCAGCCCAGGUGUUGCUUUGGGGAGCCUAUUGUCAGCAAGAGACCCAGAGAACUUCUCCCAUUUGUGCUGCUCUCCAGAAGCCACAUCACCUCAGCAGCACCGUGGUCUGCUCUGCACACCCACCGCCCCACAAACAGGCACUCCUUGGCUUUGUUUCAAAGCCUCAGCCACAGCAGAAUGUUUAAAAAAGUCACCAAAGGAAUUGUAAAAGAAAUGAAACCAAGAAAAGAUUUCGUCCCUGUCGAGAGCAUCACAGACAAUGAGCACUUCAGGCCUCUCUGUCUACUGAAAAAAAAGAGGAAAUCAACAAACGUGUUCCACCCAGCUCCCUACUACCAGCACACAGGGUUCACACUGCAUGAUGUGCUGCUGCCUGGACAAGAUGAUAAAAGCAUAGAGUCCCCCCUUCAAGUUUCCAGACAAAUUACUAUCACAAAAACCAGUAUUGACCAAGUUGAUGGAGGUCUCAGCAUUUCAUUUGACCCUGCAAGUGCAGAUCUGCAAGGAGGUGCCUCCUUGUCCAAGGCAUUUUCUGUCAACCCACAGAAGAAAAGCAUUUCACUGCAGUCACUGGAGGAACUGAGAAGAGAAAGGAAAAUAAACAUAAAUCAUUCCUUCAUCCAACAACUACGACAACUACGGAGAACAGACAUCGAUCUAUACGUGGUCACUGAAAUCCUCGAAGCCUCAGAGGAGACUGUCUACAAGGAAUCCACCAAGACAGAUGGGGGCUUCAAGGCCAAAUUUUAUGCCACAUUCUCUGCAAAGGGCACCAGGGAGGACCAACAAACCAUAGUCAUACCCAAGGGCUGCACCCUGGCCUUCAGGACCAUCCCACUACACAUUAGAGAUGGAGCAUGGAAUAUGGAUUAUUUCUCAGAAGGACCUAUCAAAAACUCUAGUUCUCUAGUUGUGGGACCGCUAGCUCCUUUAUAUCCGCACCUCCAAGGUCUUGUACCUGUACUGCAAGGCUAUGUAGCUGAUGGUCCCUCACAAGGAAAAUUAGGAGCAGUGGUGAGAGAAGUUAAAUGCUCCUGCCGAAUUUUCCUUAAUUUGACUUCUGACCUGCUGCUCAUUGUCUUCAACACCAUCAAAGCUGUGAUGAGAGACAAAACCCUCUUUCAAGAGCUCAGCCAGAAAAUGGAAGAAAUUCUUGAGCAAAAUUAUGGUUAUGAGCUGAAAACUGAGAGCCCAGACCUAAAAGACCUCUUCAGCACCUUACAGCAUUUUCCAAGAUAUUUUCUACUUAAUCUGGAAGGAGGAGUCACCUACACCCUUGAUGCUUUGCAUGAGUUAAUGGAUGAACAGCUGUGGCUGCUGCUGCAAUCCUUGGAAAGGAAGAUUCUGUCCCAACAGCUGAAACUGGUUGAAAACCUCCUGAAACAUGACCUGGAUAAGGGGAAGAGUUUCCAUGUGGAUGCCAGGCUGCUCUCCUUCCCACACAAGGAGGAACAGAUGUUAACCAUGGAACUGGUGGAGCUGAGUGGAGUGCAGCUCCAGGAAGAUGGAUCAGCUGUCCCUAGGGAUAAACCCUUCGAGGCCAUGGCAGCCCUGUUUGCUGCCCUGUAUGCCCUCAACCUCCUGAGUGGCUCCAAGCAGGACACACUGGGCCCUGCCCAGGGAAACCCUCUCUGGGAACAGCUCCUGAAAGGCUGCUUGCAAGAGCCAGAGAUCUUCCAGCAAGGACCAGGACUAACACUGCCCCUGCCCAGAUGUUGCUUCGAGGAGCCUACUGUCAGCAAAAAGGGAAGCCAGAGAACUUCUCCCAGUGCUCUCCAGAGCCCACAUCACCUCAGCAGCCCCGUGGUCUGUUCUGCACACCCACCGGCCCACAAACAGGCACAAAUCUCCUUGGCUUUUCUUCAAAACCUCAGCCACAGCAGAAUGUUUAAAAAAGUCACCAAAUUCAUCGUAAAUCAAAUGGAUCCAUGCAAAGAAUUGGUCCCUGUCGAGAGCAUCGCAGACAAUGAGCACUUCAGGCCUCUCUAUCUACUGAAAAGAAAGAGAAAACCAAAAACCAUAUUCCACCCAGCUCCCUACUACCAGCGGACAGGGUUCACACUGCAUGAUGUGCUGCUGCCUGGAGAAGAUGGUAAAAGCAUAGAGUCCAUCCAUCAAGAUUCCAGCCAAAUUACUAUCACAAAAGCCAGCAAAGACCAAGCUGAUGGAGGUCUCAGCAUUUCAUGUGAUCCUGCAAGUGUAGAUCUGCAAGGAGGUGCCUCUUUGUCCAAAGAGUUUUCCAUUACGCCACAGAAGAAGAGCAUAUCUCUGGAAUCACUGGAGGCACUGAGAAGAGAAAGAGAAAUCAACAUGGAUCAUUCCUUCAUCCGACAGCUACAGAGAACAGACAUCAAUCUAUACGUGGUCACUGAAAUCCUCGAAGCCUCAGAGGAGACUGUCUACAAGGAAUCCACCAAGGCAGAUGGGGGCUUCAAGGCCAAAUUUUCUGCCACACUCUGUGCAAAGGGCACCAGGGAGGACAAACAAACCAUAGUCAUACCCAAGGGCUGCACCCUGGCCUUCAGGACCAUCCCACUACACAUUAGAGAUGGAGCAUGGGAUCUGGACUAUUUCCCAGUAGAAGCUCUGAGAAGAGCAGCAUAUAUAGCUGAUGGUCCCUCACAAGGAAAAUUAGGAGUAGUGGCGAGUGAAAUUAAAUACUCCUGCAGAAAUUUCCCGGAAUUGCCUCCUGACAUCCUGCUCAUUGUCUUCAACACCAUCAAAACUGUGAUGAGAGACAAGAACCUCCUUCUAGAGCUCAGACAGAAAAUGGAAGAUAUUCCUGAGCAAAAUGAUGGGUAUGAGCUGAAAACUGAGAGCCCAGACUUAAAAGACCUGUUCAGCACCUUACAGCAUUUUCCAAGAGAUUGUUUCCUUCUGUGUGCAGAAGGAAUCACCUACACCCUUGAUGCUUUGCAUGAGUUAAUGGACGAUCAGCUGUGGCUGCUGCUGGAAUCCUUGGAAAGGAAGAUUCUGUCCCAACAGCUGAAACUGGUUGAAAACCUCCUGAAACAUGACCUGGAUAAGGGGAAGAGUUUCCAUGUGGAUGCCAGGCUGCUCUCCUUCCCACAUGAGGAAGAACAGAUGUUAACCAUGGAACUGGUGGAGCUGAGUGGAGUGCAGCUCCAGGAAGAUGGAUCAGCUGUCCCUAGGGAUCAACCCUUUGAGUCUGUGGCAGCCCUGUUUGCUGCCCUGUACGCCCUCAACCUCCUGAGUGGCUCCAAGUAGGACACACCUGGCCCGCCCAGGGAACCCCUCUGCAAGGUCAUGGGAUAUCUCUGCUGACAAGAGAGUUUUCUCUCCCAAUAUCAUCCUUGUUAAUGCCCAAGGCUGCUUUGUCUGGCAAAAGGAAAUUUAAGGCAGGAAAACUCAUUAUGGAUAUUAAUGGUUGGAUAUCAAAAUGGAUUUGUUUCACUGACACCUCCCUGCCCAACACUGCCAUCAUCCCUGAGAUGCUCAAGGAAUACAGGCAGCAUUUUAGAGCUACCAUACCCUCAUUAUCACUUUAUAAAUAAAGAGAAACUUUUUGCUAUGCAA